ACUGGCCUUGUAAGGAAGCUUCCGUCCGUGUAAUAUUCAGAUAGUUUUUGCUUCUUCUUUUUUUUUUCAGUCUCUCUCAUCUCCUAUAUAUAAACACUAUAAAAGCCAAAAUCCCCACCAAACCAAACUCGUCUACUCUCUCUUUCUCUCUCUCUCUAAUAUUAUUGGAUCUAGGGUUCUGGGUUUUUCUAACUUAGUCUUUGGUCAGCAAAUCGAGUGGCUGUGGUUGCUCCUCCGCAGUAUCUCUUUUAACGAAAUGCCUCCUCGCGCACCUAAGCGAAAGUCGGCCCCACCCAACUCCUUAUGCGUCACAUCAUCCGACGGUAGCUCUGUCUCAAGUAAAGCUAAAACAAAAGGGUUUGUAAGAAUAGAUCGCAUGUUCGAUUCAUAUGCUAAUAGUUCAUUAGGCAUGAUUGAUCCAGAUGGUAUUGAAGCACUCUGUUCAGAUCUAGGAGUGGACUGCACUGAUGUGAGGAUCCUGAUGCUUGCUUGGAAAUUAAAAGCUCAAAAGCAGGGCUAUUUUACCUGGGAUGAGUGGCGAACUGGCCUGAAAGAGUUGAGGGUUGAUUCAAUUAGCAAACUAAAAAAAGCACUUCCUGAACUGGAGAAGGAGGUGGGGAAGCCAUCAAAUUAUGACAAUUUCUAUUCCUAUGCAUUUCGAUACUGCCUGACAGAGGAGAUGCAAAAGAGUGUGGACAUUGAAAGCAUCUGUGAAUUGUUGAAUCUUGUUCUAGGGCCCCAAUUUCGUCCUCAGGUUGAUUUACUAAUUGAGUAUCUAAAGGUCCAGAGUGAUUACAAAGUAAUAAAUUUGGACCAGUGGAUAAAUUUUCUACGUUUUUGCCAGGAGAUCAGUUUUCCAGAUCUUGAAAAUUAUGAUGCAACCCAAGCUUGGCCCUUGAUCCUCGAUAAUUUUGUUGACUGGAUGAGAGAAAAGCAUAGCUCGCUUUAGCAUCAUUUGUGUGUCUCACUGAUAGCUGAUUUCAUAAGGACCUUGUGGAAACCCUAACCAGUAACCAUGGAGCUGGCUCGUAUCAUAACCGAUUGAACUGAAUUUACCGGACCUUUUCUCAGGUUAAAACUACAAUUUUUUUGUCCGGAGAUGGGUUACACAUUCUGCAUUCAUUUUACCUAUCUUAAGCCAAAAAAAUUCGUGUUACUCUUAUCCAAAUGAAGGAUAAUUCUAUAAAUAUAGCGUUAAAGCAUCAUCUGUACAGUUUGAUUCUGGAUUGUGAUGUUAAUUAUCUACUCAUCCGCAAAACCAUUAGUAAGAGCUUCUGCUUUAGUUAAAUCCAGUGGCUUGAGUGCAGCGACGAUUUCCUAGCUUAGCAUAUCAGCAAGGUGGUGGCCUAUUUCCAGUAAUAUUUGUGAAGCUAAUAGAACUUAUAAAAGAAAAUACAAAGGUGUCUUUCUCCGAAGGCCAGUUUAC